AUGACCAGGCAUGCCAAAAACUGCACGGCCGGAGCCGUCUACACAUACCACGAGAAGAAAAAGGACGCGCAAGCGUCAGGUUACGGAACUCAGAGCCAAAGGGUUGGCAAGGAUUCGAUCAAGGACUUUGACUGCUGCUCUCUGACCCUUCAGCCGUGCAGAGAGCCGCUCAUCUCGUCAGAAGGACACAUUUUUGAUAAGGAGGCAAUUUACAAAUACAUUAUUGCUAAGAAGAACGAGUACAGUCGCAAACUGAAGGAAUAUGAACGUCAAAAGAAAAAGGAGCAGUCAGAGUUGGACGCUGUUGCUGAAGCAGAGAAGCAAUCAAAGCUUAACAAGUUCUUGAAGACGGAGAAAAACAUUGUGACUGAACCAGUGAAAGCGUUCGUGUCAGGUCCUUCCACCUCUAAGGAAUCGUCAGUUUCCAACAUGGUGUCCGGCAAAGCCAAGCACCUGCCCAGCUUUUGGGUGCCGUCGAUGACCCCUGAGAACAAGCCCACCGCUGCAAUUAAGCCUGACAAGACAAUAUAUUGUCCCAUCACAGGAAACCCUCUAAAGGUGAAAGACUUGAUACCUGUCAAGUUCACCCAAUUCAAUGACCCCAGUGAUAAGAAAUCGCUGAUAGCUAAAACUGAGAGGUACAAAUGCCCCGUGACCGGUGAUGUGCUCAACAACUCUAUUCCAUGUGCCCUGAUCAGGACGACGGGUGAUGUUGUGACCAUGGAAUGCGUGGAAAAAAUAAUCAAGAAGGACUGGCUUCAUCCAAUUACUGGAGACAAAUUGACAGAAAAGGACAUCAUUCCCAUUCAGAGGGGAGGCACUGGCUAUGCCAUUACGAACGUACAACUUGAGUCUAAGAAAGACAGACCUGUCCUGCAAGCGUGAAUCAGUUGUAUCAAUUGUCUGUAAGAUUUGUAUAAAAAUAAAUGUAAAUAUGUUGUCGUAAAUUUGGCUUAAA